AUGCUCACCGACGUUGUCCCCAAGCUUCUCGGUUUUGCCGGUGGCGGUGGCCGUGGUGGUCGAGGCGGCCGAGGUGGCUUCGUAGGCGGUCCUCCCCCUGGUGCUGCUCGUUCCCUCCAGGUACUCGACCCUCCUCAGACCACGCGUCUUAAUGACAUUCUCCGAGGCGCCAAGUUCACUGUCACCCAUCAAAACACUGAGCGAGUGUUUGUCAUCAUCAAGCUCACCGUCAAGGCCGCCGACGAAAUCAAGUUCACUCUCAACGGCAAGGACGGUCAGCCCGACCGAACCGUCUCCGUUGCGCAGUACUUCCAAGAGCAGUACAAUGUCCGCGUUACCCGCCCUCGUCUCCCUUGCGUUCAGUACGGCAAGAAUUGUAGAGGACGGCACCGUUGGAGAGAGGGGUGGGGUCCUCUGCAGAAGAGUCAGCACUAUAAAGAGCGUAUAACGAUGAAGGCUCGCUAUCUGUUCACUUUAUGA